UUUGAAAGAAGUGUGGACUGGCUUGUGCUGCAUAGAUAGGAUGAGUCUUAUCUUCAGGAAGAUAAAAAGCACUUUCCUGGCAAGGCACAUAAAGUUUGCUACUAAGCCACAGUGGUGAAGAACUCCCUUUUCUGUAGCUAGCACCCUAUGGAAAGCCACCACCUCUUUCACAGAACACUAUCGGUCAUAAACUAGAUGUGAUGAGGACAAGCCAACGUGGAAUUUAAGAACAAAUUAUGACAUCGACAUCUAAAGGAAUUUUCCGGCCAUUUUUUAUUAUCUUCAUUGUCCUUGGUUGUUUCAUGGCAUUUAUACUAAUUUAUAUCAAACCAACAAAUAGCUGGAUCUCUGGUCCUAUAGAAUCAGCCAGUUCAGUUUUGAAAAUGAAGAGUUUCUUUUCUUCCAAAACUGAUAAUCUUAAUGAAACUACUAUUUUGAUCUGGGUUUGGCCAUUUGGUCAGACAUUCGACCUAACAUCCUGCCAAACAAUGUUCAAUAUCCACGGGUGCCAUCUGACUAUUGACCGCUCUCUAUAUAACAGAUCCCAUGCUGUUCUCAUCCAUCACAGGGACAUUAGCUGGGAUCUGACUAAUUUACCUCAGCAAGCCAGGCCACCAUUCCAGAAGUGGAUUUGGAUGAACUUGGAGUCUCCAACCCAUACUCCACAAAAGAGUGGCAUUGAACACCUCUUUAACCUGACCCUGACUUACCGGCGUGAUUCAGAUAUUCAGGUGCCUUACGGCUUCAUGAUGGUUGGUACAAGUUCCUUUACAUUUGAAGUGCCAAGUAAGGAAAACUUGGUCUGUUGGGUUGUAAGUAACUGGAACCCUGAACACGCUCGAGUCAAGUAUUACAAUGAGCUUAGCAAAUACAUUGAAAUCCAUACCUACGGACAAGCCUUUGGAGACUAUGUCAAUGAUAAAAACUUGAUUCCAACUAUCUCUACUUGCAAAUUCUACCUUUCCUUUGAAAAUUCAAUCCACAAAGAUUACAUUACUGAGAAACUUUACAAUGCUCUUCUGGCUGGAUCAGUACCGGUUGUACUGGGCCCUUCCAGAGAAAACUAUGAGAAUUACAUUCCAGCAGACUCUUUCAUACAUGUGGAAGAUUUUCUCUCCCCCAGAGAGCUGGCAGAAUAUCUUCUGAUGCUUGACAAAAAUAACAAGAUGUACCUUAGUUAUUUCAACUGGAAGAAGGAUUUCUCAGUGCAUCUUCCUAGAUUCUGGGAGUCACAUGCAUGUCUUGCCUGUGAUCAUGUGAAAAGACACCAGGAAUACAAGUCCAUCGGAAAUUUAGAAAAAUGGUUUUGGAAUUAAUCUCUGUGUGUGUGUGUGUGUGUGUGUGUGUGUGUGUGUGUGUGUGUUUGUGUGUGUGUGUGUGUGUGCGUGCACUUUUUUGAAGAAGCCAGAAGAAACUUCAGUCCAAGUGGAGAGGAAAGAAAAAGAGAAAAAAGAGAAAGAAAAGAGAACCUUAUGUCACGGUUUAUCAGCUAUCCUCUCUUGGCUAACCUAUUUCUAUUUUGGAAGAGAUUUUAAAAGAUCAGCAGCAGCAGUCAUCAAUACUCAGUUUUAAAUUAUAAUGUACAUACUAAUUAUGUGCACUGAAGAAUAUUUGAUUGUUUACUAUAAUUUUUAAACAAGAUUUUCCACACUUUCUGUGAAAUAUGUCCCAGACUUACACUCUAAAGUAGUCAUUUUUAACACUUCCUUUUUAUUUUUUACAUUACAUUUGCUGUUUAACCUGUUUGGAAAAUGAGGACACAACUUUUAAAUGCCAGAGAGAACCUUAAGAACAUAGUUUGCUGUUCCAGUCUGAAACGUGUCUAAUAUUUCAAAAGACAGUAAAGUUUUUUAUGGUUCUUCUUACAUUUUAAGAACACAGUAAAGUUCAAUACCUACCAUUAUUCCAGAGUGAUCAAGUGCACCCCUUUUUAAGGGUGAUGAACCUAGAAAUAUAGUUUUUAAAAGGUAUUACUGUAGUAGACAGUCUUUGUUUCUAAAAAUAAGAUGUUUCCUAACAAAUAGCUCCAGUAAGUUACUUUAGGAAUAUGUCUGUUCUUACCCUCCGAAGAAUAAAGAAGUCAGCUAUAGAGAAGAUGAACAACCUUAGUGACCAAAGUCCAGAUUCAUCCAACUUUUGAGUGUAUUUAAAUGCAGCAUGUCCUUCAGUCUCAUUGUGUCUCAAGUAUUGUUUACCUGAACCAGGGCUUUAAGUGGUGUUAUACUGAUACGGAGAUAAACAGAUCUUAACACAGGCAUUUGAUUACAUCAGCCUCAUGCACUGAAUUCAGCUGGUAAUAAUGGAUUUUUAGAAAUAACUUGUUGAGAAAUUUUAGAAAUUUCUCUCAUAUAAUUUCUUGAAUAAUUGUGAAUUUUUCCCCAGUCUUGUGAAGAUCUGUUGAAUUUUAACUGUAGCUGGACAACUCACUGUUAUGACUCAUGAAUGUGGAAAAAAAAAUGACCAGUUUAUUUUCUGAAAGAAAUAUGUUAAAAUUCAGUAAAUAAGUUAUCAGGCUGACAUAUUCAACCAUUCAACUCAUUAAGCUAAUGAAUUUUGGGUUUUGAAAAUAUUUUAUGUGACAGGUAUAAACAAAUGCACUCUUAAGAGCAGCAGAUGCUAUCAAAAUUUGAAUAUAUAAAUAGGUUCUUAAGUAUGAAAUUUGGUCUGAUAGAAAAUAUGAAAAUGUGAUGAUUGUCAUGAUUGUUUAAAAUGCCUGCUUUUAAUAUGUGUCAUUUGAUUUUAUUACUUUUUUCUUUCAGCUAGGAGUUAAAUAUCUGCUGCUAUCUACAUUUAUAUGUACAAGGUUGGUUUAAUGACAUAAAUGUAUGGAUAUGUUUUGGCAUCAAGUGAAAGCCAAUCAGCUUGGUUUUUCAGGUCAACACCUUCUACUGAAAAAGAAAAAAAAGUUUAACUGGAAAAACUUUAGUUUAUGUGAUGUUUAAGACCCUGAUCAAGCAAAGUAGUUGAUCAAGUACUUCAGAUUAAACUUGCAGACAACAGCGUUGCUGAAGUAAAGGAAAAAGGGAUAAACAAUGAUAAGCAUUUAGCAAAAGAUAAGGUGAUUUGUCAGAUUUUUUUUUUACCCCAGGCUGGAAUAGAAACACAGAAAGCUGUAAGAGUAAUGUAAUGUAGUUAAAUUUCUAAAACAGGAAACUACACAGAAAGGUUAUAGAAACACUUGUGCUCUCCCUAUGGUGUCAAAAGUUGUAUUCUGAUCCAGAUAUUUAUUUAUACUAUUUAUUGUGGUCUUUAAAAGCUAGUUUGCAAUAUACUGUGAACCUCCUAAACUCACCAGCAUUCCAGUACAAAACAAGAUGAUCUUACCUUGCAAAUUAAUGCAAUAUAAUGAAACCCAAUCUUCUAAAAACAAAGUGCUGACAUGGAUGUAAUGUGAGUAGUAUUUCUAUCAUUUUGAAAGCAAGUGGCUAUUGCCUACAGUCUGUCCUGUAGGAGAUCAUACCUUCUGUUUUCAGGAGGACUGUGAAAUUCUCAGUCACUGAAUAUGCCACUGCUUUGGCUGGAUAAAGUGAUUCCCUUGAUGCUGGAAUUUGGAAGUUCUUUGCAUUGAUCUCAGUGGAAGUACAUUCACCCCUUGGUGAACAUGCACAGUCCCUUAUUUAAUUCCUCAUUUCAGAUAGUGGGAGUUGUGCUGUGUGUUACAAAUCCUUAUGUCAAAUCAGACUGGUUUCUUGGCAUUAAGAUUCAGCUGAUAAUUUCUUAUAUUAAUAACAAGUAAGCACAAUAAUAAGAUAGAUGUCUUGUUACUAAAAAUAUCAGUCAGUGUAUACACAGGAAAGUUUUAAAAUAUAUACUAAUUUUAAGACUGUAAGUAAUGUCAUUACUUCUGUGAGCACUGGAUCCAGUCAGCACGGCUAAUCUUGGGCUGCAUUUUAACAAAUGUGAAAGUCUUUUGAUGGAACUGGAAAGAGAGUUGUUCUCUUCACAGAAACUCCACACAAGGCUUGUCUACUUUGCAAAUUGUUUCAAAGAUUGAUAGAACAGGAGAGGAAUCUAAUCCAGAUUGAAAUGACCAAGAAACAUGACCAAAUUCUAAACAAGAAACAUGAGCCUAAUGCCUCACUGACAUUCUUGAGGACUGUGGGCUGGAAAAUAAGUGAGCCAGCCAUUUUAUGAAGAUUUUAAAGUCAUCUAGAGGUAUCAAGCCUUAAGCGGUUCUGGAUGUAAAGAGUUUUACUGACAGAAGAUAAAGCAUCUUUGGGCAUGUCCAGCCUAGGUGGUAAAUGAUGUGAAGCAAUGGAUGUAAAACAUCUGGACUCCAUGCAUGCAUAAAGGCAGUCUACCUAGACCUACACACCUAACUCACAGAAGAUUGAUUCCAGUCUGUAUAUAACAUUUAGCAUUGUGAUGUCUGUGCUCCUUCAGUGAGCUACCCUACAUGAACAGCCAGCAUAAAUAGACUCAAAUAGUAAAUCACUAUGAAGGAGCAUGGGGAAAAUCAAUUAAUUAUAGAAGGGUAAAUUACAUUGAAUUAGUUAAAAUAGAGAACAAAGCAUUAUUUAUGCCUUGGUACCACUGGCAAAUGAAGAUGUAAAAGAAAAAAAGAAAUGAGAGAUGAGAAAACAUACCAAUUCUUACUAUUUUCUCAACAACUUUAUCCCAGGCAUUCAGUUUACUUUAUUUGCCAGCCCACAAUAACCUUGCAUAUGCACUUGUCACAAGUUAACUCAGCAGUUUCUGAAGACAGAGAGUAAUCAUUUUUCUUUCUUUUACAAUGGGUUCUUUUGGAUGUUUUUAGGCUCUCUGUCGUGCACUGAGCUACCAACAUUACUGCCUUUCUCAGUGUGGAAAAUAAGACCUGAAACAGAUACAAUACUAACUGCAGAUGCAUUGCUACCCCACUGAACGUGAACAGACAUCAGACAAAACUGACAGCAGAUCCUUUUAAAGCAGAGUUUUCCUUUCAUUUCACAGACACAGCAGCUCUUGCUCAGUAUGAGAUCUCCAUUCCUUGGUGAAUCCUGGUUGCCAGUUUCUUUGCAUACCUCUUGCCAUCCAAGACAGCUGUACUCACAAUGAACAAGCGGCCUGAGCUUGUGUGAGACACAUACAGCAAUAUAUUUGUCUUUUAAGAAACAGAUCAAAUAAAAUGCAGGUUGGACUGAGAGAGCAAGAAUGUGGGGAUUUGUAGAGUUCAUGCAGGCUGAGCAAGUUAUGGGAAAUUGGCACUACUGAGCACAGAUCAACUACUUACUUUUUCUAGCUACUCGUGUUUGUUUCUCAAACUGGGCUUUAAAAAAACAAACAUAACAGGUAAUUUUCUUCCAUCUCUAAUCAAGCAAGCUUCAGUUAAAUAACCAAUAACUGUUGCUGAUUAUUCAAGAAUGGGACUCCUGUUGGCCUUGAAUUAUCUCUUUUACUAGACAAAAAAUAACAUUUGAGACAAGACUGAAGUCUGUCAGUAAGCUAAUCACAUUUCUUAUCUGACUUCAAGAAUCCUUAUUCUUAUUUUCUUUUCUUUUUUGAUUUUGAAGUAAAUCUUCAUGUACUCAUGCAACAAUACUUUCUGGACUUGAUUCAAGAAAGACCUUACGCAUAUGCAUAUGACCAUGAGACUCAAGCACGUGCUUAAAUUUAAGAGCAUCUUAAAUGCUUUAAUGCACUGGGGCUUCAAACAGUAUGUUUUUAUUGCCUUUGGGAAUUGUGCCAGAAAGCACAGUCUAUAGCCAACAGAGGCCAAUUUGUGUGGCCUCUUUUGCUUCAUGUGUGUCCACCCUGUGAGUAGACUGGCUACACCACACUGAAAACUGUUUGGACUAAUUCUGGCUUAGUGUCUAUCCAAUAUCCCUUGGCCCUACUCUUCUGCUUCAGCUUACUAUAUGUGCCACCAUCACCUCAUGCCAACCACCCAGCAUGGCACUCCACCUUACAGCCUGCCUGUGCUGUGCAGGGUGAGCAAACCUGCUUAAGGUAUAAGGAGGUGAGAGGAGCUGAGGCUUGCUGAGAUGGUGUUUCAAGGACUGUCCUAGGAAGAAGGCAUAAAACCUGGUCACAUGUGCAUCCUUUUAAACUGGACUGUGUGCCCUAGAGAGAGUCAGUCUCAGCCAUACCCAAUUUUCCUUUUGGAGGAAAGUAUUUGGUUCAGUCUAGAUGAGACUCUGUGAGUGAUCAACUAACUGUGUGUGCAAAGCGGGAACAAGAGUGUGUGUGUGCAGGCUGACAAGGAGGCUUCUGACCUAUUUAAACCUAACGGUGAAAGUUAAUCAAAUACUGAAGUGUUUCCUUGGUCAAAUCUCGUACAUUAUUGAGAAGAGAGUCCAGGGGAAGUAUUUGUUUAUUGGCCAGCUGGUGGGCUUUUUCAUUAAUAUUGGCUGACAGUUCUGUUUUGUUUAUUUGUUUGUUUUUAAUAUAAGUGAUUUUUAAAUGUUAGAAAUCAAUCAAUAUGAUUCAUACAAGAUAGUUAUUUCAGCUUCAUCUUCAUCUUUCACUCCUUGCUCAGGCAAAUCUUCCACCAGAGUCAGCAGGUAAUUUAGGAGAUUCCAUGCUAGUGAUAAAGGAUUGAGCCAAGGGUGGAAUGGCUGGGGUAAAAACCAGCCUUCUUAUGCAUGGAUGUUUCCCUUCUAAUAUUUGAAUAACUAGUUCUAGUGCUAUAGCCAAUUCUACCUUCAGAGAAUCAGUGUAAAAUUCAUACUGGUUAGAUAUGUUCAUAAAAGGUACAGAAAUGCCAAGAAAUGUAUUAAAUAAACCAUGCAGUAGUAAUUUUAAUUCAUGGCACAAAUGCCGCAGAGUGAUACAGAUGAUAAAACCAUAAACUCAUGAGAAAUAAUUAGGCCUAGAGACAUCACCCUGCAGUUUUCAUAUUGGAAAAAGUCACUUCAUUACUCUAUUGGAAAGGUAAUUAAUUGGGAAUCUUUUAUGUCACCAUAUUCUCUACGCAAUUAACUGAAACCAACAGUCUCUGUGCAGUGAAUAGUUCAGAGAUUUGCUCGUAUGGCAGAGAGCCUUUCACCUCCAGGUUAAUAGCCUGAAUUAUGAGUAGGUUGGUACAGACCACUGUUUGGCAACCUCUGGUAGAUGACUUGGUGAUCUCAGUCAGGUUUCUCAUUCCUGCUUUCAGCCAAGGAGGCAAAGAACUGACCAGGGACUCAUCUGACAUCUUCUGUGCAUUUCUUGGCACGCUCACGGGGUGGCUUAGGACACUCUCACUCCUGCAGCCUGUACCAUGCCUGUUUAUGAUUAUGCAGAAGGCUUUGCUGUUCCAAGUAAUAAGAGUAUUGGCAUUUUUUUGAGGUAUGGUGCCAGUCUGUACAAAUGAACUAUUCAUACAUGGGGGAACUCUUCAUUAACAUUCCUAAGUAAAUAAUUAGUAGGAAAAUAAUUUCAUCAUUGCAAAUUGGCAGCAAAAGCAAUUGUUUGUUAUUCUUUAUAUGAAUUAGUCCAGUGGAAAACAGGCUUUGGUGAAACUUUAUCCCCCUGGCUUGAUACAGCCUGUUUGGAUCCAGAUACAGGGACAUGCGUGAUAGCAAAAUUUGAAAGAUACAUGGUAAUCCAGCCCUUAUAUAUCUAAAGUUGGGAUAAAUUUCCUAUAGAGCCUUGAAGCUGUAACUAAACACUUUAGCAGUCACCAGAUGAAAAAUGUUCCCAUCAAUCCUUUUCUUUAUAACAUGACAAGAAAAGUCAGUAUGAUACAUGCUGUUUGGCAAAUAAAUUAACCUCAAAAUCUACAUUUGCCUUUGCUGUUUUGUUUUGUAACACACAUGUUAUAAGACAUGAGAUUAAAAAGUUUGGACAGUUAACUCCCUUGGUGUAAUUUAAUGUUUUAAUUAUUCAGUGGAUAUACUGAAGAGAAGAAAGUGAGAAGCUUUUCCAUCUACACAAAAUCUUAAUGUGCCAAACUGUUUCCAGUGAAUGAACAAAACAGUUACAUAUACUGUUUUUUAUUAGGAUUUGCAAAAUCUUCUAUUAACGCACUGUAAUUUUGCACUAUUUUGUAAGAAAAGAAAAAAGGAAAAAGAAAAAAGGAACUGAAAAAGAAACAAAAAAAAUCUAAAAAUAGAUGCCAAAUGUAUAGUUUGUAAAAUACUAUUUUUCUUAUAUAAGGUGUCAUCACAUUGUGAAUCUAACUGUGCUAUUGUAAACUGUGAAAAAUGUGAUGUACUGUUGUGACACAGCCUACCAAGGGCCAUUUCUAACACACAGAUUAGUCAUCUGGACUUGUUUAUAUGAAACAUAUUCAUAAAUUUGAGAUCACUUUUAUACUUAUUUUUUGUAGACUAUUUUUCCACAUUUACAACACAACUGUUAUUUUAUAUCAAACAUUAAUUUUGCUUUAAAAUAUUAUUUGAAUAGGUGGGUGGGUGUCUUAAAUGUGCCAGAGAUUCAAAACUGUAACAAAGAUAAUUCAGAAACUAUUCUUUGCCAAACUGUAAUGCUACUGAAAUCAAAGAUGUUUUGUUGAGCAAGCAGGCACGCUGUCAAUAAAUGAUAGUUUCUAUUCCAUGAUAAUGAUGAUAAUGUUACAUUUGCUAGGAUAAAUGUCUGGUAGUCAUGAGCUGUGUUCCCCUUCUGUCUUUCUGUAUGUUGGGGAAACGAAACUGGGUGCCAUAGCUGAAUGUCAUAGAUAUUCAGCCACUCGCACAAUGUGCCAUGGACUUGACCUCUGAAAUAUAUUGAUGAGAAUUAGGAGAAAAACCCUUAAGCUGCUUGUCCUGAUUCAAGCCCACUUUCUGUGGUGGGUCACGUGAAAAUAGGUUGGUUGACACGUGCAGGACUGGUACGAUGUCAGUAAAGAUAGUAAGUUCUGUAUGUAGAAACAUGGGACCACAUUUACUCUCUUAGUGCAAGAUCAGGACCGAAGUCCCUUUCUUGUGUAUUUGAGCUUAGACACAUAGCAUUGAGUGGGAUUUGAUGUGAACCCUUGCUUCAUGUUCUCAGCUAAUGAUAUUCCUUGUACUGACAACUUAAUCUUUUAUGUGUUUUAUACAGUAUAUAUAUAAUGCAUAAAUUCAUGUGUGAGAAACAGUAACCAUGGAAAAUUGAAUUUUAAUAAAAAUAAUGAAAACCAUUCUUACCUGCAGGCACAUUUUAAGAUGCCAUGUUAAAGGGAGAUCUUGUAAAAAGCUGUAUUUUUUAUUUAUUAGUGAUUGUAUAUUUUGCCCCAUGAUCUAGACAUUUUAUAACAGGGAUUCUACCAAACUGUUUCUUUGUUCCCUUUUAACAAUAUCAUCAGCCUGAGAUGCAUCUGAAAAAUUUAGAGGUUCACUGAUGUUUUUCAGUAUUUUUUUAAUUUGAUGUUUUUGUUUAACUUUUUUCUGAUUACGUAUAGCUAUAUUCAGAGUUUUCAACACAAAUUGACUGCAGUCAGAAGAUACCUACUGUAUGAAACUACAGGUAACUGUAACCAUUUCAAGGACUUUCAUCAUUUAUGUGAAAUCAAUAUUUCAGAACUCUGAUUCCAAGAUGGUUAACAAGCAGCUCACUGACUCUUAUUUAUUGAACACUGGAAUUCUCCCCAAAGGAUAAACACUGAAUUAUGUAAAUAAUAGUGCUCUAUAUAAGCCUAACAAAUUAUUGUAAUAGGUAUAUUUAAAAUAAAAAGAGAACAUUCUAAGUGUA